AAUGCGAAUCCCUCAUACCCCAUUAUUAAUCUCAGUUGUACACAAGAACAUAAUAUAACUGUUUCUCCCAGAUUAGUCAUUUCAUCCGCAGCAGCUGGAGCUGAGAGAACGCCCUUUUUCAGGCAUGACACCUGUUGCAAAAAUCAAUUAAAUAUGCAAAUUCCGUACGGUAUAGUACCUUGUAGUUUAUAGGUUCGCAUUCUGCAUGCAGGCGGUCGCGGUCGAAGCUCUUGACUCUUUGGCGUCGGUUGGAAACAAGAAUCGACCGGAUACUCAUUUGGUGAUAAUUUCUGCUAUCUACACUUAUAUGGUUUGUUAUGAUUCUCAAACUUAAAAUAUUCAUUGUGUAAUACAUCUUGAAUGCCAUACACCGUAUUUUUGAUGUCUUAAUUGUGAUUUUACGAGGAGAAAUCAUGCGACAAAGCAAAGGAAAUUUCUCUUCAGUCCCGCGCGUGCAAUAUGGAGUGGUAUUCUGCGUACUGUCUUUGACUUUGUUACUGGCUGGAGUGGAGGCACAGCUCAUGCCAGUAAAUGUCGCUCUUAACAAACCAAUAUCUGCAAACAUCACUUGUGGAGAUCCACCAGAAUUGUUUACUGCUCAUAUCCAGCAGACUAUACCAGCCGAAGACCGUGUUUCAUCUUUGUGUAAUGCAUCAAAUCCAUCGCUUGCUCAUCCUCCGGGUUUAAUGGUGGAUGAAGAUGUUUCAAGUGGAGUAAAUUAUACCUGGUGGCAGAGCACAUCUAGAAGUGACUUGAUAGCAGCAGGAUUCAGUGACCCUGAAUCAGAGAUUAUCCUUGAUUUGCAAGAGGUGCAUUCUGUGGAGAGUAUCAGCAUUCAGAUGGGAGAUUCUGUUCGACCGGGUCAGAUUGGGAUCAGGGCAUCUCAAGAUGGGAUUAAUUUUAGACAGCUCUUGUAUCAAGUAUCAGACGAGACAGACUGCUCAGAUGAAUUCGAUGUUUCACCCACCAAAGCUGUUGUUGAUUUAAACACGGUCCUCUGCUCAACUUACCUGUCUGAUGCUCAACAAAGGAAUGAAAUUAUUAAUUUUCCUUUAUCACCUCCUACUGAAUUUCAAGAGUGGCAGAGAGCUAGGUUUCUCAAGAUCGAUUUCUACAAUAUGCCAAGGAGCUUUGGCUUCUUUUCUAACAGCUUUCAUCACUACACAGUGCGUAACCUCGAGGUAAUGGCACAGUGCGAGUGUAAUGGUCAUGCUACCAGCUGCACCCUUCAACCUUUGACCUCUGACCCCACUAAAAUGACCUAUCAGUGUGUCUGUGGUGACAGCACCCAGGGUGAUACAUGUAGCGAGUGUUUGCCCUUUUACAACCAGCUUGCGUACCAGCCGGGGACAGAUGGCUUUGUCUGUGAAGAGUGUAACUGCUUCAAUCACAGUGAUGUGUGUCAGUACAACGAGUCUGUUGCAGCCACGGGUAGUAGUUUGAAUGCCGCCGGAGAAUACAUUGGGGGCGGUGUUUGCCUAGAUUGCAGGGAUAACACAGCAGGAAUCAAUUGUCACCAGUGUGUCCAGUUUUAUUUCCGUCCUACGGGUACACUUCAAUCUGAUAUGAAUGCUUGUCAGGAAUGUAACUGCUACCUUCCUGGAACCAGAGAAGAUCCUUCUACUGGUCUUGUUAAAGGAGAGUGUGUGAUGAAUGAUGAUGACGUAAACCCUGCUGGCAUGUCCCCUGGUGAUUGUUACUGUAAGGUCAACGUACAAGGAUCAAAGUGUAAUGAAUGCAAAGAUGGAUUCUAUGACCUCACUGAUGCAAAUACAAACGGGUGUCUGGGCUGUGAUUGCUUUACGGAUGGCACUAUACAAGGCUCGGAGGUUUGUGAGAAGAAUUCUUCUGGUCAGUGUCCUUGUAAGGAAUUCACCCAGGGACGACGGUGUGAUGAGUGCCAAGAUGGCUACUAUGGCCUGUCUGGUAGCAGUCAACAAGGAUGUACAGAUUGUCAGUGUGAUGUAGGAGGGGCUGAAAACCUAGUCUGUGAUAAGACCGAAGGGGUUUGCACCUGCAGAAGCCGGGUGAUUGGUCGUCGGUGUGACAGUGUUGGUUCCAGUUCUUUUUACCCUACCCUUCAUUCCAUCAACACUGAGUUUGAGUCAAUGGACAACCCUUACUGGAAGAGAGAAGUGGCUGAUUACAGUGGCAUUGGCUAUGUUGAACUAUCAGGCUCGGUGAACACCUCUACAGUUUUGACUGUUCCUCCCUCUCAAUUCAGUGGAGAGUUCCAACUAGUCCUCAGAGCCAUUACAGAAGGCAUUAGCCAAGUGGACUUCACCAUUCAGUCCAUAGGGGAGGACAUCCCAAGCACUGUGAUGAGGGGCCAGACUACCCUACCUGUGUGCUCAGGAGAGUGGUGUUAUGAUGGUACUGUAAGAAAUACUGGUCAACCAGAGCUUCAGGGACUCUUUGUUCUUACUCCCGGUGACUGGAGGGUUACUGCUGCUAUUAAUACACAAGGAGGGGCUAGAGUUUUACUUGAUCAACUUGUAGCUCUACCUGUAGAGUACAUUGACCCAGGAUCCCUUCUUGGUGAUGGGCUUGGCGUUAAUUUUACUACCACCUGUGAUCUUCAGACCAAUAACAUGAGGUUGGGUACACCCGAUGAAUCCUUCUGUCUGGCUAAUGUCUUCUCCUUGACCACAUAUUACUUUGACGGGGCACAGGAGUGUGAUUGUGACCUUGUUGGUAGCGUGGGAUUAUCUUGCACCUCCUAUGGGGGUCAGUGCACCUGUAAGGGGGGCGUAGGUGGUCGCACCUGUGACUCCUGUCUUCCGGAAUUCUUUUCAUUUAGGAGCACCGGCUGUACAUCCUGUGACUGUUUUGGUGAUGACAAAGUAUGUGAUGUUACAACCGGUCAGUGUAACUGCCCUACCAACACCGCUGGACGUCGAUGUGACCGCUGUGUUACCUUUACAUGGGGACUGAAUAGUACCACUGGAUGCAAGGAAUGUCAGUGCAACCCGACAGGGUCAAUCAGGAGUCAAUGUGACCAGGAGACCGGUCAGUGUCCAUGUAAACCAGGAGUGACCGGUCGAGACUGUUCAGAAUGUUUACCAGGCUUCAAGGACCUCACAGAUGAGGGUUGCAUACCAUGUGACUGUGAUGUAGCUGGUAGUUUGAGUGAUGUAUGCAAUGCUGUAACUGGACAGUGCAUGUGCAAGUCUAAUACAGUGGGUCUUCAGUGUGAUUCAUGUAUGACUGGAUCAUUCUAUAUCAACCCAUCCCAUCAAGCAGGAUGUCUUGACUGUGUAUGUAUGGGAAUCACAAACCAGUGUGAUAGCACUACACAGAGAUCUAUACAGUACACCAUACCUACUACUUUGGCCUCAGUUGACCUGUGGGAAGUCUUUGUCCCCACAAACAUCCUUGACCCUCCACCAGCAGUCACAUCCACUGUGAUUGCUAACAGGGAGUAUGUGUCUGUCAUACUGAACGAAGGAAUAGAAGCAUUCUGGAGACUACCCGCAGACGACUUUUCUGGCAGUCUUUUAGGAUUGUAUGGGCAGAUGGUGACCUUUGACCUAGUGUACUUCCUGGAAGGUAACACUAAUUCUUCUGCUGCUGAUCCAGUAGAAGCUACAAUGUCUAUUCAGAGUCAAGAAGGAGAGUUAAGCUACCAGCUUGGUAUUCUAUACCCUGGAGAGUCUACUACCCAGUUUAUUGAGAUGAGUGAACGGUCUGGGUGGGUGUCCACUCUGAGUGGUCAAUCGGUCAGCAGAUCUCAGUUCUUGACCAUUCUCACCAAUGUCAAUAGUGUCCUUGUUUCUGCUACACUCAGCUCAGCUGCACACGCAUCAAGUAUUGGCAUUGUAUCAUACUACAAAUCUACUCCUGAAGAUUCCCCUAACUAUGAGGAGAUGGCCCCCAGAGCUCUGGCUGUGGAACAGUGCACCUGUGGCCCUCAAUAUUCAGGACUUUCCUGUGAGGAAUGUGCCUCGGGAUUCUAUCGUGUGAACACAACUUCCCAUCCAUUUUUUGGUGUUUGCAUUGCGUGUGAAUGCAAUGGACAUAGUUCAACAUGUGAUCCAAGCAAUGGGCAGUGUUUAGACUGUCAAAAUAACACAGGAGGUUUCAACUGUGAAGUUUGUUUAGAUGGUUUCUACGGUGAUGCUACGUCAGGUGCACCUGAUGCUUGUCAGGAAUGUCCAUGUGGGCCACCUAAAUCUCAAUCCAACCAGUGUUCUGAGAUUGAUGGGGUAGUGACCUGUCAAGAUUGUCUACCAGGUCAUCUGGGCCCUCUCUGUAACAUAUGUGCUGAUUUCUACUAUGGAGAGCCAGCUAAUCCUGAUGGGUUCUGUCAGCAGUGUGAGUGUAAUGGUAACACAGACACCUGUGACUCUAUUACAGGCCAGUGUAUAGGAUGCAGGUUUAGUACGACAGGAUUCAACUGUGAACAAUGUCAGAACUUCACCUAUGGCAAUGCUAGCCAGCAGAACUGCCAGGCCUGCAACUGUGACCCCCAAGGAUCAACCAACCUUCUCUGUGACCACGAGACCGGACAAUGCCCCUGUCUGCCUGGAGUAGGAGGGAUGCAAUGCGAUGCCUGUCUUCCUAACUACUACGGCUUCGGCAACUCGUCUGGGUGUGUAGAGUGUGGCUGUAACGAGUAUGGAUCCCAGGACCUUCAGUGUGAUGUUGAUGGGGUCUGUAGGUGUCUGGCUGGGGUGCUCGGGGUCAAGUGUGAUACAUGUGAGGAUGGCAGCUAUGGACUCCCUGAUCAGUCUUGUCUAGCCUGUGGUUGUGAUGGAGCAGGUAGUAACGGUGGCUCACAGGCUGUAUGCGAUGUCCGUUCAGGACAGUGUCCUUGUAAGACUGGUAUUACUGGAAGACUCUGUGAUGAAUGCCGUCCAGGCUUCAUCAACUUCAGCUCCAAUGGAUGCACAAAAUGUGAUCAAUGUGUAGACACCCUCUACAACUCCACCCGGACCCUGGAGACCCUCCACACCCAGCUACUUGCCCUGGGAGCCUCCAUCCAGGAGCUUCAGAGACAAGAUACUCAGCUCCGUAAUGUGGAUCCAUUGGUGGUUGCAACCAGCGAUGCUCUCGACAAUCUGCAAGACCAGUACACCUCUCUGAGAACACAGAUAGAAAAUAUUGAUAUAGGGGCCUUUGAGAGAAACGUCUCUCUUAUUGCUGGAACGGCAUCAAACCUAUCAAGAUUAAUGGUCAUCCUCAAUGAGCAGGCCUCCAGCCAGCUUGACCAGAUGACCAUCUACCGGUCAGCAGCCCUUCAGACAAUGACCGACAUUCUCUCUGCCAGUUCCACUGUCCAAGAUUACAUCACCACACUGACCAACUACAACUCCAGUGCGGCCAUCUUGAUGUCCGAUGCCCUGGUCAGAAGAGAUGAUGUGACCAUGCUGACCAUAUCUGGACAGAUGGGAUUGAUUGAGACUGAGCUCGGAAGGAUUAGGAAUGUAACCAUGGAAGCUGAUUCCCUUCUCUCUAUGGUGUUGGUACAGGGCCGAGAGUUGAAUCGUCUGAUGACCCUGGUAUCAUCUGCAGAGUCUCAGCUUCAAGCUACCAGAGAGUUGAUGUCACAGACCUACACUGCUUUAGAAGCUGUCCAAGUUAUCCUGGAUCAAACAGAUACAGUUAUCAACCACACACAGACCAACCAAGCAUACAGUAACAGGCUUUUAGACCAGGCUGAGACUCAACUUGCAGGAAUCCUACAGACAUUCAUACAAGCUUUGCAAGCCAUUGGAGAAGCAGACCAAGCUAUUCAGGAUGCAAAUGCCAUCUACAUCGGCAGCUCGUCUGGUAGUGCAAACCUCCCCAUGGAUGUUGAUAUUGAUGACAGAGGGAUCAAUGGUUGGUUCGAUGGUAACCUUAGGGUCAGAGGUCAACUAGGGGCUGUUCAGGGUUUACAGGCCAAUCUGGAGAUCAUUCUGAGUGCAGCCGAGUCCAGGGCUCUCUUUCUGAGUGAGAAUACUGCACAGUCACUCAGCUUUUUUCAGUCAGCACAGCCCCAGGGUCAACUAGCGGUUGACACAGUGAGGAAUUAUCGUAGUGUUGUGACAACUGUCCAAGAGGCUAAAGCUACUAACCAGAAUGCUACGGAUUCCCUCGCAUCAACACGGGACUAUCUCAUCACCAGGCCUGUACCUACACUCAGUGAGGAGGCACAGAGGUCACUUCAACUAAGCAAUGAUCUUGUGGAUUCUAUUGAUGGCAAUUUGGUUGAUACUCAAGGUCUUAUGACAUCAUUGGAUUCUGCCAACCAAACAUUACAAUCUGCUAUUGAAUCAUGGGAUAUUAUCAGACAGGAAGUAGCAAAUCUUGAAGCUGAGGUCAACACACUUUCAGAGAUAGCUGCAAAUCCUGAUAUACAACCAGCCAUUGAUUCAGGCAUGGAGGUAGCCAAUGAAACAAUUGCUGCAGGGGACGCCAUCUUAGAAAGCAAUGCGAUGUUGACAGAGAGACUCACCGAAGAGGAGCAAUCAGUUGUAUUCAUUCAAGACAAUAUCCGCAACGCUACGACCCUUAUCACGGGAUUGCCAUCAAGAGUGAGUCAAAUAGAAAGUGACGUUGAAACUCUUAGUACCAAUGUGGACACUGUUCUUACUCUCCGAAACCACACUGGUUUCCUGCGCUCCGGCAUCACCAACAAGAUUGCCCGUCUACGAGAGAAACUACAGCAAGCACAAACCACCAUCGCUGACUCAGACCAGCCAGUGCGUCUCGGUGCCCAAAGUCCACUGACCAUCAUCACUCCGGUUGACACGUUCUCACUUUCCAACGAGAUCCAGCUUGAUGUCAGGCCAGAGCAACGGGAUGGAUUGCUUUUCUUCAUGGGGAAUCCUACUAAUAAUGUCUUUAUGAGCAUUGAGAUCAUCGCUAGCAGAGUCAACUUCAAGUUCCGUGUGAAUCGAGAUGUGACGACCCCAGGCCAGGAUGUAGUGACUGUUAGCAGUCCAAUAGAUGUCUGCUGUGGGGAUUGGUACCGUAUACUUGCAACAAGGUAUGGUAAUGGUGGCGAGCUAACUGUAACACUACUGUCUACUGGUGGGUCAUCUACCAACUAUGCAAGGAUUUUAUCAGUCUACAAUGGUUACAUGAUACUUGAACAAUCAUCAACAUUCUUCAUCGGUGGUAUCCCAACAGGUUAUCAAAUUGAUGAAGUCACAAGUUAUGACUUUGAAGGCUGUAUUGGAAGUGUAACCUUUGAUGGUCAAAAGCUUGACCUGUGGCGACCUACCAGUCAGGAGGGAUCACAAUCAUGCUGUGGGUCACCAGUGACCGUUCCAGAGCCAGUGGUCAACUAUGUACCCGGGGUCAGCUUUGAUGGUUCUGGAUAUUACAGGGUUCCCAAAGAUAACUUUGAUGUGUAUAAUGAAAGUAGGAUAACCUUGGAAUUCCGGACCGUAUUGAAAGAGGGGGUGCUCUUUGCUGUUACUCGACCAGACCUCAUUUCUUUCAUAGGUAUCUUCAUGAUAAAUGGUCAGGUGAUCUUUGAAAUGAACACAGCAGGAAAUGCCAGGUAUUCAGUACCUAGUAUUAGUACAUACAAUGAUGGGCAGUGGUACCAGGUGACAGCUGGCUACAACAGUUCUCAUUAUAGCUUUGAGAUACGCUAUGCCAAUGGAAGUAAUGAGUUACUAGAGGCAUCAACCAGACGUACCCUUGCACCCCUCUCAUUUCCCAAUCUUCAAUUCUCUCCAAAGAUCUUCUUGGGUGGAGCAGAUCCCGUCCAACUGAGCAACAUCAAACGUGGCCCAACCAGACUAAGUUUCGCAGGAAACCUGCGUCACCUUUCCUUGUCUAAUGGUGCUUCCGUUGAGUUAGUUCCUAGAGAGAUUACCAAUACAUCUUCCUUUCCUUUCAAAGGAAUCUCAUUCAAUGGAUACCCUGAAGAGGUUGUACGAGGUAUUGGUUUUGCUGGUGAUUUUGCUUACAUGUCGUUAAGUACUUCCAUCAUCCCACAAGGAAUAGAAACGAUUCAGCUUCGAUUCAAGACUACUCAACCACAUGGUUUACUCGUGUAUGGCUAUGAUACAGUCAGCUUUAACAAGCUAGUUUAUGUCACCCUGUACCAUGGAAACGUAUUUGUUCAGUACAAUCUUGGUGGUCGUUUAUCAGAUCCAAUGCAGACAAGAGGACUUAAACUCAAUACAGGCCAGUGGCAAGAUAUCGCCAUCUCUUUCAAUGGACUUACUGCAUCAUUGAAGGUGAACGAUCUACCAAUGAUAUACGGAGCUGUACAGCUUACUUCUCCAAGCAUCGACAUAGAGGGCCUCCUAUUCAUUGGAGGUUUAUCAGCGAACAUCCCUGGCCUGAUUGGUGGAGACUUCCCUGUCCGUCAGUCUCUAGAGGGCGACAUUGUUGACCUUCUCAUUAAUGACGUCUCACCCCACUUCAACGAUCCCAACACUGUCCUUGGGUCCCUGGGAGUCACCCUGACAGGGGUGCAGCCAGAGGUCAUGACCCUACCACCACUCCCCUACUCUACCCCACCUCCACCCACAGAUGAUGGUCUACCAGGGGCGUGUGCUAGCCCCAUCCAGGUGAUAACAUACCCCCCAUCAGAGGGGGUAGUCAGGUUUGGAUUGACGAGGGAGAGCUAUCUUGGUAUUGCCCUGAACAGUGAGCAGAGAAAAUAUUUUGAAUCAAAGUUUAUCAUUGAAUUUGAAUUCCGUGCCCUGUCUUCCAACGGUAUCCUGCUGUAUGUAGCCAAUGAUUACAGUCGACCCAAUCAGUUUAUGGCCUUGGUCAUGCAGAAUGGUUACCUCAAUCUGUUCAUCUUUGAUCAAAGCAGGGUUUAUAAACAUCUGACUUCAGCCUUCCAAUACAAUGAUGCUCAGUGGAGAACGGCAACCAUUCUGAAGAUCAAUGGAUUCGUUGUACUCUUUGUUCCAGAGUCCAAGGACUAUAAUGGUCUAGACAAUGGCCUCAUUAAUAACUCAUCUAGACUUGAAGUAGGGACAUCACUUUACAUUGGUGGUCUUGGACCACAGGUCAGACAAGGGUCAUAUCCACUCAACCGUACUCUGGGGAGUUUCAAUGGCUGUAUUCGACAAUUGAAUAUCAGUACAGAGUCCUCAUCUCGGGUACAAAUACCGCUCAAUUCUCCAGGCAGCGAUUCUGCAAACAUCACCGAAUGCCGUUUUAACCCAAUCGGUCCUGGAAGUCAUUUUGAUGGCAGUGGAUGGCUCCUGCUACGGUCUUCAUAUACAUUGGUCAGUCCUUGGUCAGUUUCAAUGACCAUAUCAACCACCGAUGAAAAUUCAUUGUUACUUGCCCUUUCAGCUGACCUUCAAAAUUUCAUCACUUUGGAGAUAGUGGAUGGAACGGCCAGAGCAGUAGUUGGUCUCGGAACCCCAUCGUCUGUUAUACUCUGGUCCACUCAGAUGACCAGUGUCUGCGAUGAUAACCCCCACACCAUCACAUUGGCUGUUCGUAGGGGUUUGAUUGAGAUGACCAUUGAUGAUAAUCCAACGGACAGUCUACCGGUCAGUAGUGACACCUUUGCAGUCAUCAACGAUACACCACUCUACAUUGGGGGAAUCUCUGAUGCUGCUAACAUUCCUCUUGUUCCUGGAAUCAUCAGAACACCCUUCAAUGGUUGUCUGUUAUCACUGACGAUCAAUGAUGUACCUGUCAGCAUCACGACUCAUGAAGAGAGUAGAGGUUACACUGUGGGAUGCCCUAGACCUAUCCCUAUCUAAAUAUCAAACAGGUGGGUGUUUCAUAAAGCUUUUCGUAAGAUACGAUUGACUUUACGCACGACUGGUGACCAUUUCUUGUGCUAUAUG